AUGCAGAGUACCGAACAGGGACUCGAUCCCGGGAAUGGGUCCGCGGGGCCCGAAGAUGCCGCAUCGCGAAGAGCUAUUCGAUGUGAUAAAGAUUGGCCAUGUUCCAACUGCCGCAUGGCCAAACGGUCAUGUACAUCAACGGGCGCUGGUCAGCGCCCAAAGGAGACUCGGCAGCGAUAUGUAUCCGCCUUUUUCGUUCAUCCACCCAUGUCCUCUCCUUGGCCACUCACCAGUCCCGAUUUCUUUGUAUCUAGUGAGCGGAAGAUCGACCGCAUUGAGGGUCGGCUCGAGAAUAUCGAAGCCUACCUGAAGCACAUCGCCUCUACACAAAGCCAGCCUGCCACUGAUCCGGGUUCCAGAAGUUUGGCACAAACCCCGAUAACAGGCAGUAGCAUUCCCACCACUGCUUCGUCAGGGGAUAUUGAUUCGAGUGAUAAUGAGUCUGCUUUUGGUGGCGACUCCGCUCUUACAGCACAGACAGCGUUUGCCAGCGAGUUUCUCGAGAAUGCAGUCCAGCGAACCUCUCUCCGGGAGGCUGAUCCGUCGAUCAAGGCGGCCCUCGCCACUCUUGGCCAGCUUGUCGAAAUGCAGAAGCAAAAGUCUGUAAGCCACGGGCCACGCUUCCCUUUACAGAAGCCAGUUCCAGCCGGGGGCGUGACCAAACUCCCCAUGCCACCAAUCGAAGUGGUUGUGCCGCUUCUCAAGGAUGCAAAGAACACCCCAAUGAGCCUCUUCAAUUUUGUCUGCCAUAUUACUGGCUUGCUAGACUUCGAUAGCCUUUGCCGCAUGGUCUACUUUCCAACCGAGGAUAUCUCACUUUGCCAUUUCAUUGUCGUCAAUGCUGGCCUCUACAAUCUCUUUGUGGAACAAGGAGCUCUCGCCAAGGAUCAAGCCCAUCAAGAUGAGUAUCGGGCAUAUGGACUCUUGUGUCAAGCUAACAUGGAGACCGCUUUGGCCAAUCUCCCCUUCUUUCUUUCUCCCAAGAUCGAGACCAUCCAGGCUCUUAUCCUCGGGGCCCAGUACUCCAUUGAUGUAUCCAGACCUUCCGUCGCCUGGUACUUGAACUCGACUGCCGCUCAACUUUGCCAAACGGCUGGCUUCCAUCGCGCUGAGCGUGUUGCUGGCGAUCCCCCUCAAAUAAAGAAAGUCAAGGCAUCCCUGUUCUGGAAUAUAUAUACCAUCGACAAGAAUCUGGGCCUCAGACUUGGCCGCUCCUCCGUUAUCCAAGAAUGCGAUAUUAGCAUCGAGCGCAGCUUUGACCUCGGCUCUUUCGUCAAGUUGCCAGAAGGCGCGCCCAUCACGGACCUAUGGGUGCAGACAGCCGCAUUGCAAGGCCGCAUAUAUGAACAGCUAUAUAGCCCUGGUGCUCUGCAAUCCGACCCAGCUGAGCUAGCUAGGAGAGCCAGGGAGUUGGCGGCCGAGUGUGAACGACUGGAGGUACAGCUGAAAUCCACCCGAGAUGAGACUGUUGCCUACCUCAAUUCGGUCAAUUCAUCUGAGAUCAUCACCUUCUUCCUCAAGGGCGACGAGAUCGGUUUCCAUGUCACUCUGACACUGGUUUAUCAAGCCCUCCCAGCCCCCGAGAACUCCGUCAGUCGCUUCUGUGACAAAUGCCUCGAAUCGGCAAGAAAAGCAAUGGAUAUUCAUAAAGAGAGCAUCGGUCUGAUGGGAUAUGGGCCAUACUUUAAAGCACUCUACGUCCAUUGGAGCCUAAUGCUAAUUCCCUUCGCCCCCUUCUUCAUACUUUUUUGUUAUGUGAUAGAGACGCAAUCGCGUGCCGAUCUAAUGAUUCUCCACGAAUUUGUUGAAUCGCUCGGGGCCCUGCGGGACGUCUCGGAGUCGGCAGAGAAGCUCCACCGCAUGUUCCAGGUCAUGCGCGACGUGGCGGCGGUGUAUGUCGAAGCCAAGUCACAACAGCAGCAAGACCAAACCAUGAUCCCAAUUGGGGACGAGUUCGACAUGUAUCUGAACCAGCUCGGGUUCAUCCCAAAUGAGGACCAUACCAUGAAUCAAGGCAAUGCGGCCCAUGGGGGCCAGGUGUCUGGCCAGGAGCCCACGGGUGACUGGUUCGCUGGCAGCCAGAACAUAUUCGGACUUCUGGAGGAGGACCUUUCUCAAAUAGACGGCAGCCGCUGGACGCGCCAGUAG